AUGAAAGCCGUUCCUGUUGUGUGCAAGUCGCAGUGUUCCUGUCCGUCCCCAGUCCAACCACUGUUCCCCAUCAUGCACGUCUGUCUUCGAGUCUCGGUCGUUUGUGGACUAACACCUAGGACACGUGUACGGUCCUGGUGAUGAUAGACGGUCAGCGGGCUGUCAAUCGCACGAGUGGCGGCGGCUCGACUGUCACCAGUGAGACUAUGUCGAUCGAAAUGUUUUCUGACUCAAAUAAGCUUUAUAUGGACUCGAUUAGUUUCUAACACGGCCGAUGUUGAAGGGAUUCCGGUUAUAUUAUUACCAAUUACGAUUUUGUGAUCUAUUAAAAUUUUAAAUAACUCCUUUAAAAUUAUGUCAUUCACAUCGUCUCCAAAGCCGUGUUAAUUUCCCGAAAACUUUCAUGUUCCGAGAUAUUUAUGACAUGCGCGAUAUCAUAUUAUAUGAUUAUUCACCUUGUACCUAGGGACGUGACAUGCGCGAUGUCUAGACAGGGCACCUGCGUGGUGAGGCCUCAUUGGUCGAUUCCUGCGUCAGCCGGCGCUUCGUCUCUCGUCGUCCUCUUUAUCCCUGGAGGUUGAGGGCUCACCUGGAAUCUCAAGAAAAUUAGGAAUUGACCGCGAUUGUCCGCAGUUGUUCGUUUCUGCUCAGGUCGGCCAGAUGGACACUGUUCUUAUUAGGGUCCCCUAUCUAUUGUGACCGUGAGUAUGGACCGUUAGAUCACAGGGCUCCGAAGGACCACAGAUAUCUCCGAGCCAUGGUGCGACCUGUCUGUAACCAAGAAGCGCAUAACUCGUCGUCUUAAAGCCCAAUAAUUUAUGUGACGUGGUUCGGUCUAUUGGCCUAUCAAACCUGGGAACCCCACUUCACGCCCGCCGUCCGUUUAUGCCCAGAGAACGAGCCGAUCCACACGCAUGACAGCGAAGAAGGAAGCCCCAGUCAGCGACGAAAGCAACGAACAUGUAGGUUUAGAGAGAGAGAGAGCGAGAGCGAGGGGAGAGAGAAAGAGAAGGAGAGCGAGCGAGCGAACGAGAGAGAGAGAGAGCGAGAGGGGGGGGGAGAACGUGGAGAGCGAGAGAGAGAGUGAGGGGGGGAGCGAGAGAGAGAGAGAGAGAGAGAGAGAGAGAGAGAGAGAGAGAGAGAGAGAGAGAGAGAGAGAGAGAGAGAGAGAGAUAGAUACAUAGAUACAUAGAUAGAGAGAGAGAAAGAGAGAGAGGGAGAGCAAGGGGGAGAGAGAGAGGGGGGAGAGCGGGGGAGAGAGAGAGAGAGAGAGAGAGAGAGGAAGGGAGAGCGAGGGAGAGAGGGAGAGGGAGAGAGAGAGGAAGGGAGAGCGAGGGAGGGAGGGAGAUGGACAGAGAGAGGAAGGGAGAGCGAGGGAGAGAGGGAGAUGGACAGAGUGAGAGAGACAGAGACAGAGACAGAGGAAGGAGCGAGGGAGAGAAGGAGAUAA